ACUCUACUUGAUUGGGGACAAGCACACAAACCAUCCAUUACGAUCUGAUAUAUUAUCCAAACAAUUUAGUGUAUUCAUGAGGUAACCUAAAUGUGGAGGCUGCAAAAUUACCCGUAAUCAAUUGAAACAGCGAAUGCGCGUCCCUCUGUGUGUCUAACAACUACAUGUCUCUGUAAUAAGGCAGACAUUAAAUCAUUUUGGAGUUGUACUGUUGAGUACCUGAUCACUGGGGCUCAGGGAAGCUGGACAGUCACAUUAGGACGCAGGGAUUGAGGAAGAAGCAAGCUGCCUUUCUGUUGGGAUCAAAGCCGACCCUUCCUGGCGAGAGGGGCUUUUCCACAUCCCCACCGACCUGACCGCAGGCUGUGCAAUAUCCAAUCUAGACUUUUCUUUUCUUUUCUUUUUUUUAUUGCACUACAUGUUUGGGAAACAAGACAAAAUGGACGUUAGAUGCAAUUCAGAGGCUGAAGCGAACCGGGUCUCGAAGAACGGACAUAAAGAGGGCAAGGAAAGCAAAGGGUCUGAAGGAAAUAUUUCUACUUCUUUUUUGAAGGAUCAACAAGGGACUUAUUCUGCCUCGGCCGUUUCGGAAGAUUGUAAUAAAAGUAAAUCUAGUUCUGCAGACCCGGACUAUUGCAGGAGGAUCCUAGUUAGAGAUGCCAAAGGUUCAAUAAGAGAGAUUAUUCUGCCUAAAGGACUUGAUCUGGACCGCCCCAAACGGACCCGAACGUCUUUCACCGCGGAGCAGCUGUACCGGCUGGAGAUGGAGUUCCAGAGGUGCCAAUACGUGGUGGGACGGGAAAGGACCGAACUGGCCCGGCAGCUCAAUCUUUCGGAAACUCAGGUAAAGGUCUGGUUCCAGAACAGGCGCACGAAACAGAAAAAGGACCAAGGCAAAGACUCGGAGCUCAGGUCCGUGGUGUCGGAGACCGCCGCCACCUGCAGCGUCCUCCGGCUCCUGGAGCAAGGCCGGCUGCUCUCCCCGCCGGGACUGCCCGGCCUCCUGCCCCCCCUGCGCCACCAGCGCCUUGGGCUCCGCGCUGCGGGCCCCCAGCCUACCAUCGGCACCACGGGCACCACCAGCUCAGGGACCGCGGGCGGCUCCCCGCACCCGCCAGCGGUGAGCAGCGCGGCUGGGCCCCCACAGGCUGCGGGACUCCACGCCUCGCCCAGCGCCGGCCAUAACCUCUUCAGCCUGCCCGUGCCCACCCUCCUGGGCUCGGUGGCCGGCCGCCUGUCCUCUAAUCCCUUGACAAUGGCCGGAUCUCUGGCAGGAAACCUGCAGGAACUGUCAGCCAGGUACCUGAGCUCCUCUGCCUUCGAGCCCUACUCCAGGACCAACAAUAAAGAAGGCGCUGAGAAAAAAGCCCUGGACUGACUCUGAGUAACUCCAUGUAUUUAUAUUUAUAGUAUCUAUUUGUGGCGAUAUUUAUGGAAUAAUGACACGUUAGCAUCUCAUCAGCCCUCCCUUCAUUCCCCCCCUC